AUGCCGCUACAGAAGGAAGUCUCGGUCCAUGAAUGCAAGUCGCACAAAGGUGCAAUCCCGGCGGAGUCUGCAGAGCUGCUGAGCGUCCUGCUGCGGGCGAGAGGCAUACGGGCCCGCUCCAUCCACGAACAGCUCCACAGCUUGUCUCUGCCCACCAUCUACUGCCUGCUGGCUGCUCUGAUGCAGUGCCUGAGCCUGGUCAGCCUCUGCGUGGCCGUUUCCCUGCUCAAGUGGGUGGCCGUGGUUCAAUACCCGUACACCAGGCAGCCAAAACGGUGGGUAACGUACAAUUUCGGGGUGCCCGACGUGGUGGAAGUGUACGAGACCCAGCAAAGCAACGGCACGGACAUUCGUAAGAGGACCUUCUCCCCAAACAGCCCCUGCUCCUGCGCCGUUUCAGGGUGGGAGGGGAUUCUGCACGAAGGGGGCCCAAAUCUAGUCCAUAUAGCGCAAGUUCAUUUCUUUCCCAACACUGUUUUCAUCCCGUGGUUUAUCAGCGUUUGUUUCAUGGGCAUGUUCUUGGGCUUUGUGGCUAUUCUCCUGGAUUUCAUGGAAAUUGAGAGCCUAGGCAGGCAUAAAAUGGCCGUUGCCACCUGCCUACACUUUUCAUCAGCCAUCUUCCUUGUAAUCCUCCUUGGAAUCUGUUGCUGGUGUUUUGUGACGGUUAACGAACGGCUCUAUAGGGAAGAUCUGAUGAAAGCCGAGUUGCUCAGUUUCCUAGGAGAGAGUUUUUACAUCGCCCUGCUGUCCCUUGCUUUCGUGAGCUUAGCUAGCACACUAAGCUUUCUGUCGAUGAAGCUAGGCAGACAAGAAUAG